AGCCGUCGCUGGGGUGCCCGGGGCCGGGCACAGCCCUGCCCGCAGCCUGCCCUGCAGCAUGGCGAGGGGACAGCUGUCGGGGGGCACCUGGGGAGCCCUGGUGCUGCUGGGGCUGAUGCUGCCGGCCGCCCCGGCGGGCGCCUGGUACAAGCACGUCGCCAGCCCUCGCUACCACACGGUGGGGCGAGCCUCGGGGCUGCUGAUGGGGGUCCGCCGCUCUCCCUACCUCUGGCGACGGGAACUGGCGGCCGAACCUCCUCGGCAUCCCGGGACCCCCGCCGGGGAUAGCCCCCCACCUCCGGGCCGCCUCUCCGGGGAGAAUCCCCCGGCUGCUGCCCCGGCCCCGCCGCCCCCCGGCCCCGGGCGCCUCCUGCAGCGCCUGCUCCGCCGGGGCUGGGGCUGGGGGGGUCCCCGCCCGGCUCCUGCACGACCCCCGCCCGGCCCCCGGCAGCCUCAGCUCCUCCCGCUUGAAGACCUGGCUCUGACCCGCUGACAGACGUGGUGGAGAUGCUUCCUGAGUGCCCCAGGUGGGAUCUGCUCACCAGCCCGGCAGGGAAGGCUCUCCUCGGAUCUCUCUGACCUCUCUGAAACCACACAGACAAUGACAUCCCAAAAAAUCUGAUUUCUCACAGCCACUGCCCAGCUGCAGUGGUAAAUCCAUCUUGUUUCCAGGUCAGCCCUGCGCUAUGGACUCGGGGAGAAAGAAACAGGGGAGAUAUUUAUUUUUGUUUAUUUUUUUUACAUUUCUGUACUGGCUUGUUUGCAAUCCGAUAGAAACAUGUACUGUUCGCUUCCUCGGAACCUGCCCUCAUUAAAAUGAGAUGUGAUCAAAGGAAA